AUGUGUAAUCUACAUUCUGUCUAUCGGUUCACUUCUGUUUACACAACAACACCAAACACAUCACCGAUCACUACGCCAACUACAACAACCCCACAAACAACCACAGAACCCCCAACAACUACCCCACUGACCACAUCACCCAUCACUACGCUAACUACAACAACCCCACAAACAACCACAGAACCCCCAACAACUACCCCACUGACCACAUCAACCAUCACCACGCCGACUACAACAACCCCACAAACAUCAACUACCCCACCGACCACAUUACCCACCACUAGGCUAACUACAGCAAGUCCAGCACCAGUUACUACACCUGAAGUCACAACAGAUGUAAACAUCAUCUCAAACCCAUUUGUUGUUCUUUUGAAAAUGAAGCUUUCCUCUCCAUCUCCGCUGUCUGAAGACUACAUCAGGACUACUGUCAUGCAACAGAUCAGAGAUGAACUGUCGAGAUAUGGACUGCCUUUAAAUGCUACUUUACGCCUUCUGAGUAGUGUGCAAACAUAAUUUACGUAAACAUUUAUUGACCCCUGCAAAGAAAUGUAUUCAGUUUCCUGUCAAAUUCAACAAGUCUAAACAUAUUUACAGGGUUUGAGCAGCAUUUGGAUAAAAGAUCAGCUAUAUUGCUUAAAUACCAUGGAUGUAUACCAAGAAGUUCACUGUUUAAAUGUGUAAGCUUCCUGUUGUGGUGUGUUUUAAAAUG